AUGAGGGACGUCGGGGGCGAAAAUAAUUAUGUUUAUGGCAAUAUCCAACAUGAAGUUAACGUGUACGUUAAGGUGUUUACAAAUAGCCCGUUUCUAGUGUGUAUGGAUUUGGCUCGCUCUCGAGAAGAACUCAUAGAUCCCCAGUAUUUGUGGACUGGUCCAGAUGGAAAAGAUUUAGAAGGGCGAGCGUACGUGAACCUGACAGAAACAGGAAAGCUGGUGGUGAUGGGGUUUAAGGAGUCUAUGUCUGGAGCCUACACUUGCACUCUCUCUUACAAAAUCCUAGAAACUACAACACAAGAAGAAAGAGAAAAGUUUGAGGCAUAUAAAUUUAUGGUAUACGCGUACCGGGAAGCUGACCAUGCGUAUCAGGUGUUUGUGCGCUUCACUACAAAGGAGUGCGAGCUAGCCGCCAACGGCCGGUUCUUUGAGGAGCUAAAGAAAAUCUUGAAUAACAUCAUCUCUGAUCUGACGUGUCACAUUGUCGAGUCCUCCUACAAGUGCCGUCACGUCGGGAUACCAAAGCAAGGCCUCCUGCAUGAACUGUUUGUUCGUUUUCAAGUCAAUCCUUUCGCACCAGGAUGGGAAGAAGUUUGCCACCAGGUUCCAUACGAUUGUGAAGAUGUGACAAACAGGAGAGUUGAAGAGGCAAGAGGUCGAAUUGGAGAGUUUUUCAAUAAGCAGACGUACGCUCUGAAGCACGAGUUUCGAACUGUUCCUGCAAUACACUACGUGGAGAACAGCUUCUCGCUUACUCACAUUGACAGCUGUCGCCCGGGUUUUGGGAAGAACCACAUCGCCCACAGGAGCUGCGCUGGCUGCUGCGUGGUUUGUGAUCCCGGAACUUACAGUCCUAACGACGACGUGACCUGCCAGGUUUGUGCGAGGCCUCGAGUCAAAAAGUACGGAGCAAGAUCUUGCUAA